AAUCCAAACCCAAAGAUAUUAUUUUGUUUUACUUCUGUUUGCUCCCUAAGAAAACGCGGGAAAAUGUGAAGGAAACAAUUGAUCAUGUUAUUAUUUAUAGAAGUUUAGAUAUUUUAUUUUUUUGUGUUUUAAUGUGAAAUGAAAUUGUCGAAAGUGGCGAAAAUGAAACAAACGCUAAAAUUUGAAUUUUAUGAUUUUGGGUAAUUUGAAGUCCCAAGGAUUUGUUUUGUUUGUGUAUAAUAAGCUGCAUAAACAAUGUUUUUUUUUUUGAAAUUUAGCUGAAUAAACUAUGUUGAUGGCAAUGUUCUUGAAUGGAGGUCUUUACUUUGGUUUGGUGGAUCGGAUUUUAUAACUUUGGGAAUGGAUUUCGGCGUUUAUUUCUGUUUUCCGCAAUUCAAAUAGAAGGUGAAAUUAUGGUGGGUUGAUAUUGAGGUUUAUGGAUUGUAACAGGUGUUCAUUGACGUGUUGUAAGGUGCUCUAUGCCAAAACGAGAGGAGAUGCUCCUCUUAUCUAGAGGAGAGCUAAUCCUUCUUGUACCAUUUGUUAAUAUCAAUCAAAUUAUUGGCUUAACAGAAAAAAAAGGUUCCUCUAAUGUAACUGCUAAUUUUGAUAGUAAUACUGAAAACAGAAGGACAGUGCAACCAGGAAGACAAGAAACAAAUCGAUAUUCUCAGGUCAAUGAAACUGGCUCCGUUUGUAAAGAUAAUCACAGAGUUAAAGAUAUCCAACACUUGUACAAGAACCUACUGCAAGUGUUUGCUCAAAAGAGAAACCUUGAUCUACCAGUAUAUUCUUGUGAGUUUGAGGGUCCUCCUCAUGCAAGUCGCUUCAGGUGCAAGGUCACUUUCAAUGAACAAACUUAUGAGAGUUUGGAGUUCUUUCCAACAAUAAAGGAAGCUGAACAUGCAGCUGCAAAAAUUGCUUUAUCGUCUUUGUCUCCGGAUGCUUUUCAAGAGGAAGACUUUAGCUUCUACAAGAACCUUUUGCAAGAAUUAACUCAGAAGGAAGGUUGUCCUCUACCAGUUUACACAACAACUAGAUCUGGUGAAGCCCAUGCAUCGACAUUUGUUUCCAUAGUGGAGGUAAAAGGAAACGUUUUCACAGGACAGGAAGCAAAAACCAAGAAGCAGGCAGAGGUUUUGGCAGCAAAAGUUGCUUACAUGAAAUUAAAAGAGUGCAAGUCAAAUAGAGGCUCUAUGAUUAUUAAUCCUGCCUACCAAGAACGACAAGUGCCUGUGCUCUCAGUUUCUCACUCACAUUCAAAUGUCAAUGCUGAUACCCAACAGAAUUUUGGACCCAAAGCCUGCACAGUAUUCAGUCCUAGUUCAACUACAGGGAAGGAUCAGCAUGAGGAUAGAGGUGAUUAUUCAACUGUUCAUGGAACAUUUCGCAAUCAUCUUCUCUCUAUUCCAUUCCCACAGCCAGAAAUGACUACAGAUUGGCAAAGUAGCUCAUCCACUUCUAGUAUGUAUGAUCCUCUUCUUCCGGAAGAUGACCUUUCUAUGUCUAAUUGGCCAUCUAAUCACUCAGCUACUACCAAUUCGGAUACAAAUUCAAUCACGAUGGAGCCUGUUGCAAUGGGUAACUUACCCUGCAACAGGGUCGUAGUUCUUCCCCGUGCGCCAAACUUGAAGUUUCCUGCUGGUUGGACUCUGCUGCCCAUGAGUGAUGAGAAUUGGGUUGCCUUUAAGUUUGAAUCUCAACCAAACCAGUGACUCCUAUGAACUAAAUAUUUUAUCGCAAAUGCUACGUUUUACCAUGCUUGGAAUUGCGAGGCCCAAUGUGAAUUUUCAUGUUUAUGCUACUGCUUUCUGCAAACAGAAACUGAUGAAUAGAACAUAUGUAAUUCGUUACAUCACCUUUGCUCCUGGCUUAGCCAUUUUAGGUGUUUGAAAAACU